GGGCACGGCCAACUUCUUGGCUUUCAGGAUGGGUGGCUAACACCGGCAACAGGAGGAGGAAACACUAAACAGAAACCCCCGGGAAGUGUGUUUGGUAGUUGUACAAUGAAGAAGCUACUCUGAAGGGUUUUUUUUAACUGUGACAAUGAUUCGGACUCUGAGCGCUGCGUCCUUUAAGGCUGUUUGCACAGCGCAGCCGAAACUGCUAAAGGACAUUGCGAGCAGACAGCUGCACAGCACGUAUGACGUGGCCGUGGUGGGAGCUGGCAUCGUGGGACUGGCUACGGCCAGAGAGCUCAUUCUGCGACAUCCGACGCUCAGCUUCGUCCUGCUGGAGAAAGAAAAAGAGCUUUCUGUACACCAGAGUGGGCACAACAGUGGAGUCAUUCACAGCGGGAUCUACUACACGCCGGGGUCGCUGAAGGCCCGUCUGUGUGUGCGAGGAGCCACUUUAGCCUACGAGUACUGCGAGAAGAAAGGACUCCCUUACAAGAGAUGUGGAAAGCUCAUCGUCGCCGUGGAGCAGGAGGAGAUCCCCAGACUAAAAGCUCUAUAUGAACGCGGCCUGAAGAACAACGUGCGUGAUCUCAGUAUAGUCGAUGCGAAGGGAAUCCGAGAGCGAGAGCCAUACUGCAGGGGCAUAAUGGCCUUGGAUUCACCCUACACUGGCAUUGUGGACUGGAGGAUGGUGGCUCUCAGGUACGGAAAAGACUUUGAAGAGGCAGGCGGCACGGUGGUAACUGAAUAUGAGGUCAAUGACAUUUCCAUGGUCAAGGAGAGCCCAGCUGAGAGCACUGAAGGAAUGAAAUAUCCAAUCGCAAUCAGAGACAAAAAGGGCAACGAGGUGCGGUGCCAGUAUGUCCUGACCUGUGGAGGCCUGUACUCAGACCGCCUGUCGCAGAUAUCUGGAUGCAGUCCGGAGCCGCGGAUCGUUCCCUUCAGAGGAGACUAUUUGGUCCUGAAGCCAGAGAAACACUAUCUAGUUAAAGGAAAUAUCUAUCCUGUUCCUGACCCUCGUUUCCCCUUCCUUGGAGUUCACUUCACCCCGCGGAUGGAUGGAAGCGUUUGGCUCGGCCCCAACGCGGUACUAGCCUUCAAACGGGAGGGUUACAAAGUGUACGACUUCAACGUACGAGACUUUGCAGACGCACUCUCAUUCAGGGGCCUUCAGAAACUGGUGCUGAGGAACAUAACAUACGGAGUUGGAGAGAUGUAUAGAGGAGUUUUCAUUGGUGCACAGGUUAAAAUCCUGCAGAAGUACAUCCCUGAACUCUCGCUGAGUGACGUGAUGAGGGGUCCCGCAGGAGUUCGAGCUCAGGCUCUCGACCGGGAGGGAAACCUCGUGGAUGACUUUGUGUUUGACGGUGGGGUCGGGGAUGUAGGCAGUCGGGUGCUCCAUGUGCGUAACGCUCCCUCGCCGGCGGCCACCUCCUCCCUGGCCAUCGCUGAAAUGAUCGCAGACGAGGUGGAGAACCGCUUCUCGCUGUAGAGAAUCACUGUGAUCGCAGAACA